UCGUGUCCGCGAACGGGAGAAGUCCGGGACCGGGAUCAACCACACGGGUAAGAUCAACCACACGUCACGACCCUGAAGUUGAGCAUCGACACAAAGGCGCCAGUGACGAUGGACACACACAUCUGCUCGAUCUGCGGCGAGAGCAGGGACAUCUCCAAGGCUAGGUUCGCGCACGUGAGGAUCGGCCUGGACGAGCCCCCGGAGGCGGUCGUGUGCAAGUGUAAGGACCCGAUCGAGAUCAUCAACAUGAUCACGAACAAGUACACCACCACGAAGAGAAUCGAGGUGUCGGCCAUGGACAACGACAUGGACACCGAGGCGCCCAGAGUCUUGAACCCGGUGACGAUCACCACCAUGAGCACGAAGGCCGAACGAGAAGUGGAACUUAGGCUUGGUCGCGACCUCGGCGAGCGCAUGUACAUGAUGAUGGAGAGCGGCUUCUUCGGGGACGUGACGACCGUGCUCGCGAUGGGAGACGUGAACGUGACCUGCAUCGCGAGGAUGUACAGAGACGAGGUCACGAGGUCGUUCGCGGCGGAGUUCGAGAUUGGGGGCAAGCUCAGCAACUCGAACGUGUUGACGGUCCUGUCCAUGGCCGUGGCCAACACCGGGACUGUGAAGUCGAUGAUAAAGGAGGUCGACCCGGAGUACAUGAGGAUGGUCAUGUCAUCGGAUCACAUCGUCGUCGACACCCCGAACAUGGACGGGUACAAGGGCACGUUCAUGCCCAAGGCCGACGGCGUCAAGAAGUUCGUGUUCUGCUACCCCUUCGGGUACGUGGUGGCGCUCAACGACCCGGGCACGACGGUGUUCUCGUGCGUGGUCACGGACGAGCCCAGACAGAUCGACGAGCUCACGAAGACGCCCGACGUCGUAGUCGUGGAGGAGAUGAUGAACGGGGAUCUGAUUCACAUCGCCACUCUGGCCGUGGACGGGACCACGAAGCUAAAGAGAGGCACGAGGAGGCACGUCUCCAUAAUCAGCAACCCGAGGCCGAACACGAUCUUCAGGAAGUCCUGGGACAGGGUGCCGACCAGGGCCGAGCUGGCGACCUCCGGGGUGCCCAACGCCAGGGUGGUGCUCGUGACCGAACUCAGGACCAUGAGGCUGAAGCAGCCCACGGUCGACCUCAUGUACGUCGACGGGAGCAUGAACGUCAUCGAGAACGGGUCUCUGGUUGCGGUGGCGAAGGGGGCGAAGGACAUGGAGGUGGACACGGUCUACGAGUGCGACGUGUACAAGGACCUGGCCACGAACGAGGUGAUGAUCAGGAAGCCCAAGAUGAGGGUGCUCAAGAAGCUGCCCAACUCUAUGGACGUGGCCAGGAGGGCGGUCAUGAGCCAUGUGUGGGGACCCGCUCUUGAACGGGCCGUUGUUGGACAUCACCUCCCAUGUCCAUCGCCAUGAGGACGAGGGUGUACGAGAUGGCGCAGUCGAGGGUAGGUAUGGGCAGGAAGGUGAUCGUGAGUUUCGGGGUGGGCAGAAUUCAGGAGUGGAGGCAGAUGAUGAUCAAGAACUUCUCCUACAUCGCGACCGACCCGGCGAUCGACGUCAGCGUCCUGCAGAAGAAGGCGAAGGGGGC